CUCAACAGGUGAGCUGCCGCCACUAGUGCCCUUCGCGCGCGCAUCGCCGUCGUGUUCAACCUGUUGUUUACCCCCACCCCCGAUCCUCCCCCGACCAGUGAUAACCCCAACCCCUCGUGAUCAACCACCCUUGUCGGUCGUUCACACCCUCCGCUCGAAAUUGAUGACGGAAAUUAUGCCAGGACUAUGGAUAUAACCUCAAAAUUUCAACCCUUUUCGACCUGAGACCAUCGACAGUCACGUGUUUCGGAAAUCGAUCUCUGUGUUGGUGAAAACUACCCCUCGCGUCUCGGUUUUAUCAGUUCCUCCCCCUUUGCCGGAAAUUUUGUGCCUUGGACUUUGGGAUCAGCAGCAAUCAACUCCAGGAUGGAUUAAUUUUGUGACUGCCUUCCGGAAAUUUUCAUAAGUUCCUUAAAAAACUAACUGUUCGGUGCCUGAAUUUUUGUAGUUUUUGCCCUCGGCGUGUUUUAGCUCAGAAACGUCACUCUGAUUGACGUCAAUUUUUGGUGCCUUAAAAGCUUGCCUUGAAAUCGGAAAUAAAGUGCCUUGCGAACGAUUUCAGUGCUUCCUCUCUGUGAUAAUUUUGCUACGAUGUAACGCUUAUGAUGGACUCUACAGUGCAAAAAUAUACUUUUCAAAGCCCUACGAGGGCACCCAGGCUGUGAUAUAAUUAAUUUUCCUUACUAUUAUUAUAAAAUUUGCCUUCCAGUGUUUUUAAAUCGAGCCCGUUUUCCCAAAUGAAAUGUUUUUGUGCGCUCAGGGGCUAGCCCGAAGUAAUCGUGUGUGAUUCGGAAAGUUAUGAUAGGAUGUCAUCACAGACUAACUUGGAAUCUUCGGGUGGUGACCAUGAGUCGACCAUCCAUUCUACCUACGGUUCGAAUUACUCGAUAAUGGAGGAGUACAAUAAAUCCGAGCUCCUCCAGCACAGCGCUCUGGGGUCGCCGGGACAGCAGCACCAGAACGGAAGCUACAUGAGCAACAACCUGCAAUCCCCGCUCAUCUCGACGGCCAACUCGCCGAGCAUCUAUCAACACCCCCUGUAUAGCAGUCAGCGGAGUUACAUCCACCACAACUAUACCCUAAACAACUCGUCCGAGUCGGAGCUCGGUGUUCCUAUUGCUCAAAUCCUGCCGGGAGUCCACCAGCCUCGCUUCCAGGGCGACGAGAUGAGCUCGUGGCUCUCCAACAGCAGCCUCCUCGGCGGCAACGGUUUAGUUUUAAGUGAUCCCAUCAGGAGCGGCCACCUGGCCAACUACCACCAGCACCUCAGCGGGAGCGACGUCACCAUGUCCAUCAACGCCAAGAUCGGCCCCAACGCCCACCAACAGAAAGCCACCAAAGAGCAGAGGAUACGCCGGCCCAUGAACGCCUUCAUGGUCUGGGCCAAGGUCGAGCGCAAAAAGCUCGCCGAUGAAAACCCCGAUCUCCAUAAUGCUGAUCUUAGUAAAAUGUUAGGUAAAAAAUGGCGGAGCUUGACGCCUCAAGAUAGGCGGCCGUACGUGGAGGAAGCGGAGCGGCUGCGGGUGAUUCACAUGCAAGAGCACCCCAACUACAAGUAUCGUCCGCGGAGAAGGAAGCACAACAAACGCUCGGGGAGCGUCGGGCCCUCGCCGCCCUCCUCCAACCACUCGGCCCACUCGCCGGGUCUCCCCCAGGGGCCCCAACGCCGCCCUUCCCCGCACCCCCAGCAGUCCCAGCAGACCAAGCUCCAGGCCCAGUACCCAGGCUCACCGUACCAGCCCCAGGCUGCCUUCUCGCCCGGCAUGCACCAGCAGCCGUACAACUACUACAGCCCGCCCCCCAAGAACUCCCCCUACUACCCCAGUAGCGAGUCUCCCUUCACCCCCGUCGGGAUCAACACCCCCGAGUCCUCCCCCACGUGCAGCCCCGAGCCGAAACCCAGCCAAAACGAGCCGAGCCAAAAUGAUCAAAACAACCCUUUGGAGAACAACUCCGCCCCGUCUGUGAUAACCAAGGCCGCCUCCAGUCAAGGCGAGGAAGCGGCGAACCCAAGCCUGCCGACCCCGGAGAUGUCCCCGAUGGAGCAGGAGAAGGACUUCAACAACCACAACCACCAGAUGGAGGACAGCAAGCGGGUCUACCAAUACCCGGUGCCGGUGCCCGUCUCGAGCGCGGCCGACACGGCCAGCUACUACUCGCACCGGCUCCCGCAGGCGGCGGGGCCGUACCGGGCCCAUAACCUCAGCUACGGCUCGGGCUACCCCGCGGGCCCACAGGGGCACAGCCCCAUAGCCAUGAGCGUCAACAAGGGGAUGGUCAUGAUGUGCACGAAGGGGAGCAUAGCGGGAUACGACCAUAGCGGGAUGGUUACCGGGACUUUCUUUCCUCCGAUCGCUACCUCACAGGACCAGCAGGUCCUUGGCGGGUCCUCCUCGCAUCAUAUGUACACGGCCGCCUCCUCGCACUCCUCCCGGUCUUUCCUGCCGAGCUACCCGUCCGCCGGUCUCGGAGCCGGGUCCCCGGUCGCCGGAUCUCAGUACGCCACCUGCAGCAGUCCUGGCUCGUCCGCCGCUAGGACGCCCUUGGAAAAUUAUUCAGGUCUGAACAGCCAGCGCUCGAUGCCGCGCGAGUACCAGGAAUCGAUGAGCGGCUACGACAUGAGCCUGGGCAUCAACAUGGAGUCGCCCCAGUCGGGCGGAGCCGCCCCCGGUCCGCCGCCCUCGGAAGGGAUGAUGGGCAACGAGAUGGGUCGGCAGGAGCCCGGGGGCCCUCCGCCCGGCGAGGACUCCAACGCCGAGCUGGACAAGUUCCUCAAGUACUCCUCGCAGCAUCCGGGGAUGUCGUCCGGCCUGGAGCUGGCCGAGCAGCAGAUGAUGGACACGAACCACAACUACCACCUCCAGCCGCCGCCGCACAACUACUACCAGUCCUACCAGCCGCACGUCGAGCUCCACGGGGCCCAGCACGGCGCCUUCCUCAUCCCCAAGCAGGAGCUCCUCAACCAGCAGUACCUCCUCCCCGAUCAGCACUACACCCACCUCGCCGCCGAGCAGCCCCUCGCCCAGCCGCCGGGCCCCGGGCAGACCCUCAAGGCCGGCCCGGGGGAGGAAUUCAGCGCCAUCUUCGCUGACGUCCGCAAGACCUGCUAUAGCAGCUGAAACCAGGUCCCCGCAUCUUGUUGCUGAGCUCAGUCACUGGA